AAGACUACAAUCCCUAAUUUUAUACCUCUCAUUUAUUAAUACUACUACCCAGCACAUGUGGCACAUGUGUAGACGCCACUGAUUCCGGGUCCGAAUCCGGGUCACGACGUCCGACCUAACAAUUUUGACAUUUUAUUUGAGUUUAGCUAAGAUUUAUGGAACAAAUAUGCCGACUUAAUUAGCACUUACACUUAGUAGUGAGAACAGAGUUUGUGAGUAAGCACACUUGAUUAGCACAGAAAAUGGGAGUAAGAUAUAUAAGAAGGAUUUAAGCACAUGUAAAAGCGCGUUUGUGUGAGUAAGCAAUUCUACUACUGUAAUACAUUCACUGUCUCCAUGCACCAUGUGAUGGGUCUCACCUUUCUCCAUCUUCCCACUUUCGCAAUAAAUAUUUCCAAUCUCACUCAACAAACUAUAAAACCAUUCAUCACUACCAUUAAUCUCUGAUUCUUCACUCUGCCGACCCUUUUUCCCUCUCUCCCCAUCAUUCAUAUGUACAUAAUAUACAUUUAGAUCUUUAAGUCUUACACUAUACAAAACAAACCAACCAGUGUGUAGCACCAUUUCACAAACAAUGGCUCCACUACUGUACUUUGGUCGCACUAAACUUCUCCUCUCUCUUCUUUUCUUCCUCUCUCUUUCCAUUCUUUCUUUCACUGCCACCUCUCAAUCUCAACAACUCAAUAGAAAACAGUUAACAAGUUCUACAAGAACAAUGUUAGAGUUUGAAGCUGAACAAGAAGAACAAGAGUUUCAAGUUGAAAAAAAGAAAUCCAGUAGUACCAAAAACCAAACCAAGUUGAUCAAACCAAACAAUAACCUGAUUUCCUCAAAAAACCAAACCAAAACCAUCAAAUCCAAUACCAACAACGUUAUCUCCAAAAACCAAACAAAAUCAUCAAAAGAUUCAAAACCCACCGACACUACUGUUUCACUCAAAAAACUCAACUCCACAAACUUCAAAACCAAGAAACUAAAUUCAACAUCAAAAUCCUCUUCCAACAACAACAAAAACUCAACAAAAUCAACUUCAUUAGAUCAUGUCAAGAAAACAAGUGGCGGUGGUGGUGGCGGUGGCGGUGGCAACAAGAACAAAACAACAAAACCCACCGCCACAAAAACAGAACAGAGCAGCAAACAGAGUAACAAGAAACAAACACAACCUAGUAACUGGUUCUUCGAUGAAGAAGACACUGAUUUCGUUUCAGAGUUUAAAGAUCUACCAAUAAAAUUCCAACAAACACUUCUCCCAGAUUUAGAAAAAAUCUCAACAACUUCAAAAGCUUACAUCACAAAAGCCAACAAAGAAAUCACAAAAAAUUUCAAACCUUACGUUGGAAAUAAAUACGCACCAACCAUAGCAACUUUACUCUCUUUUGCAUGUGUUUUAAUUCCUUUACUUUUAGCAUCACUUCUUUUCAACAAAAUUAAAGCUUAUUUCUCUCUUCAAAAGCUCUUAAUUUUCAUUCAAGCUUAUUUAUCAAUCUAUUUUUCUAUUCUUUGUUUCUCUUCUUUAAUCACUGGUCUUGAGCCUUUGAGGUUUUUCUACUCUACUUCGCAGUCCACCUAUCUUAUCCUGCAGGUUAUUCAAACACUUGCUUAUUUUCUCUAUCUUCUAUUGCUUGUAAUGUAUCUUCUUUUGGUGUUUUCAACUGAUUGUGGUUUGGGAUCGAAGUUAUUGGGCCUGGCCCAAACUUUUGUGGGCUUUGCUGUUGGGCUACAUUACUAUAUGACGGUGUUUCAUAAAGUGGUGUUGCGGCAACCUCCUAAGACUAAUUGGAAAAUUCACGGGAUUUAUGCCACGUGUUUUUUUCUUAUUUGUUUACUUGCUACUGCUGAGAGAAGGAAAAAGACUUAUUUGGAAGAAGGUGGAGAAGAAGGGAAGAAAAAUUAGCUAUACUUACAAAAAUUACAAUGUUGUUACUUUUUUUCCUACAUCAUUUGGAUUAAGAAUUCGGAUUAUUUAAGAGUAAUUUACUUUUUUUGGAUACUAUUAUAUGUAAAUUUCUAUUCUUUAGAUUGAUUGAAUAAUUUCAUGUAUAUCUAAUUUAUAAAAUAUUAUAAAUUAGAUAUAAUAAUUAUUUAAUAAAUUUAAAAAAUAAAAUUUUCUUAUAAUAAUGAUAGAAUGGAGUAUCAAUCUUAUUGGAAAAUGUGAUUUAAUGUAAUGCCGCAAGGCUUUGGCUUAUUAGUUAAGCCAACAUUAAGGUUCGUUGCAUUUAUAGGUUGUAGUGUUAUAUGAUUAUAAUUUUACAAUUCAUCAUAUUAAAAAAAAUUAUAUUGUAUUUAAGAGUGUUUAAAUGA